AUGAAUUUACUUAAUUGUUUAGAUUUAAGUCAAUAAAUAGUGAAAUAGAUUUUUCGAAGUAAAUACAAAUCGAAGGUGGAUACUAACUUCAAUAUUGAAUGUAAUUAAAUACGUAAAAAAUGGAGCAAUAAUGGAUAAAACCAUAUCGUAAUCUAAUUUUAUUUAUGCAAAUCAAGAAAAUAAUAUUUAGUGGAAGAAUGGAACAUCAUUUGCAUCUAAUAAUAAAUAAGUGAUCACAUUCAAGAAUAAUUUAAGAAGUGUGAAUAAUUGGCUUCAUAAACUCCAUUGUGUUAAAAAUAAGACAAUCAAAUUGAUCACAUCAUACAUUUGAAUGAAAAUAAACGAACUGAUUGGAUAGAUCCCAGUUUAAUCCUCACAAGCCAAUUGUAAUUAUCUAACAAAGUGACAAUCAACGUGGCUUAUUUAUCAACUCUAGAAGUUAUAGAACGAGAGAUUCAAGAAUCAACCAAAGACUCAUUGCCAUUUCGAAGGGAUCGUUUUUUAUCAGAUGAUAUACAAUAAAGUAAUCGAUUAAGGAGAAGCACCGACAUUGAUGGACUCAGACAGUACAAAAAGAACAAGGAAAUAUUGAAUAAAGUGAUGAAUAGAAUGAAUGACUCAUUUUCUUCCACUUCCAGCAAAAAUAAGUCAACCUAAUUAUUGACCAUUAUCAACAAGAAAGAUGACAUUGAAAUACUAUCAUCUCCAGAAGAUGCUCAAAAGAUCAUAGACGAAGAUGAAAAUGGAGAUUAUGAAAUCUAAAUGAUUAUUGAUGAAGAACCAAUUAUCAAAGGCCAAACCGUUAUUAUCAAGGCAUAACAACAACAAUUUCACCCAAUUAUAGAUUACAUUUUCAAAAUAAGAAACAAGAAACAUAAUUAUAAUACUUAAUUAAUUGAUACAAUGAAUUUUAUUAAGAAUUAAUACUGA